CGGUGCAGGCCAAGGCCAGCACGGGCACAGGCGGCUGAGAGGUUUGGGAAUGGGGAGCCGGCGGGCACCCCUGCCGGCGGGGGACCAAUCCGUUGGCCGGCGGUAGGUGGGACGUGCCAUCGAAGGCCAUCGUCACAGGGCAGGCGCGGAUUUGGCGGGACGGCGGGUCCUGGAGCCACCGAACACAGCUACCUUGAAUUCAUUUUGCAAACGAGUGUACAAUAGACCGUGAAAGUACCAGACGUGACCAGGAUGAUUUAACCCAUAAAAAUACACCAGUUCUUCUCUUGAAUACAUUGAUGUGAGCGAUAGCCGCUUGCCAAAAUGAGUUUCGCUUUGAAGAAGGCCAUCAAGAAAGAGCUGCUAAACACCGACUGGGCGGGCAAAGUCGAGGAGCCAGCGGUCGCGGCAUUUGCGGAUGUUAUCGAGCAACACUACGGGGGCCAACUCUCUGGCCUGCACGACGUUCUCAAACGAUGUACCACAGAGCUAUCUGCGGAUGGCAAGAUUACACUUGCUACCGUGCAAGCUGCAGCAGCACCCACUGGAGUGGCGGAGCAGGUGGAGCUGAUAGAGCUCACCGAUGCGUUCAGCGUGCCGCGGUUGAUGUAUGACCCCGUCCAGCGCAAGCUCAACGUGGACAGCAAGCCGCGGAGGCUCCACGCGAAUGCAGAGGCCAAGCACCAGGUGUACCUGCAGCGUCUGCAGCUGGUGCAGCAGCGCCUGCAGCGCAGCCGCAUGUUCCAGCAGAGCAACCUCAUCCUGCCCAACUCAAGCAACAGCCACCACUCGGUGCAGCUGACUGACCUGCAAUCGCUGAUGGGCGUGUUCGGCGUCACGCGCUACGUGCUGGGAUGCAUCAGCCGGGCCGAGGAUGGCAGGUACCUGCUGGAGGACACCACCGGCACGGUGCCGCUGGACCUCAGCGCCGCGGAGACCGCCGCGGGCUUCUACACAGAGAACUGCGUGGUGAUUGCGGAGGGCGCCCUUGGCCACGACGGCGCCUUCCACGUGCGGGCUCUGGGCCUGCCGCCCUGCGAGCCGCGCGCCUCACUGCCGCUGGCGGCGCAGCGGCUCAACCUGUGGGGCGGGCCCGGCGGCGCCGUGGACCCCGCCAGCGAGGUGGGCGGCUUCCUGGCUCUGGAGGAGGCGCAGCGCGGGGCGGCGGACCGGGUGGUGGUGCUGGCCCAGGUGUGGCUGGACCGGCCCGAGGUGCUGGACGCCCUGCACACGGUGCUCAGCGGCUUCUCCGGCGUGUUGACGGUCCCUGCCGUGUUCGUGUUCAUGGGCAACUUCCACUCGCGGGCCGGGGCGGGCGGCGGCGGCGGCGCGGGCGGCGGCGGCCGGGGCGAGGGCAUGCAGGGCGGCUGUGACGUGGACUACGGCGUCAUGCGGGAGCUGUUUGGACAGCUGGGGGCGCUCAUCGACAACUACCCGCGGCUCAAGGCCGAGAGCCGCUUCGUGUUCAUGCCCGGGCCGGACGACGCCGGCCCCGCGGGCGUGCUGCCGCAGCCGCCGCUGCCGCGCUCCCUGACGACCGACCUGAGGCGGGUGCUGCCCACCGCGCACUUCGCCUCCAACCCCUGCCGCCUGCGUUACGCCACGCAGCGCAUUGUGUUGUUCCGCCACGACCUGCAGCGCCGCCUGCUGCGCCGCACGCUGCUGCCGCUCGCGGCCGCGCCGGACUCGGGCGCCACGCAGCCCGGCGGCGCCGACGCCGCCACACAGGCCUCCGCCGGCCCCUCGCCCUCCGCGCUGUGGGGCCACACGGCCCUCACGCUGCUGCAGCAGGGCCACCUGGCGCCGCUGCCGCUGCUGGCGCAGCCCGUGUACUGGCAGCACGACUCCGCGCUGGGGCUGUACCCGCUGCCGGAUGCGGUGGUGGUGGCGGACGGCAGCGCGGCGCAGGAGGAGUUCGUGCACGAGGGCUGCCGAGUCAUCAACCCGGGCACCUUCCCCGGCGGCUUCUUCGCCGCCUACCUGCCGUGUGUGCAGCAGACCGAGAUGAGCGAGCUCCCGCGGCCCGGCCAGGAGGAGCAGGAGGAGGAGCAGGAGCAGGAGCAGGGCCAGGAGCGGGCUGCCGGGGGCGAGGAGGGCGCUGGCGCCGGGCCGGAGGAGGGCGCCGAGGGCGAGGCGGGCAUGGAGGGGAUAGAGCAAGCGGGCGCGCAGCGGCGCGGAGGGCGCGCGCCACUGCAGCAGAGGCAGCUGCAGCAACAGCAGCAGCAGCAGCGCGGGGAGAAGGAGAAGAAGGCGGCGGGCGGCAAGUCCGGCAAGCCGCGGCAGCCGCGCAAGGCGGCCGCUGGCGGCGGCGGCGGUGGCAAGGGGCGCCAGGCGACCAUCAGGGCGCAGCCGGGCGCGGCGGUGGAGCCGGGCGCCGGCGAGGACGAGGGCGCCGGGGUGGCAGAAGGCGCUGAUGCCGACGCCGACGCCGAGGCGGCUGCGGACGCCGCGGAUGUGCAGAUGGUGGAGGGCGACGCCGAUGGCGAGCCUGCCGCCGCGGCUGCCGCCGCCGGCGGGCCCAAGGGUAAGGUCAAGGCCAAGGGCAAGGCCGGUGCCGCGGCGGCGGUGGCGGCGGCCAAGGGGCCCAAGCAGGGCACGUUGGCACAGGCCUGGGCCAAGCGGCCUGCGCGGCCUGAGGACGGUCUGGAGGAUGACGUGGCGCAGGCGGCUGGCGAUGGCGACGUGGUGAUGGUGGACGACGAUGAGGAGGAGGAGGAGGAGGAGGAGGCGGGCGGGGCGGGCGAGGAGGAGGUGGCACGGCGGCGGCGGCGGCAGCAGCAGGCGCGCAAGCGGCGGGCGAUGGUGAUGGAUGAUGAUGAAGAUGAAGAGGAGGGCGACGGCGAGGCGGCGGAGGAGGGCGCGGUGGGCCGCGGGGAGGGUGUGGCGGGGGCGAAGGCGGCGGCGCGGACGUGGGCGGACGACGAUGAUGAGCAGGACUGGGUGGAGGAUGGCGAGUGAUGGAGUGGCGGGGCGGGGCUGAGGCUUGGGUGAAGGCUGCAGGAGUCCUGGCGUUGCGCUGCAAAUGCUGCCGCGCAUACUGUAUUCAUGCGAGGGGACAGCUAUCACACCGCUGGUGAGCUGAGGCUUUGGAGGGAACGAGGGCGGGAUGGGAGAGCGGAACAUGGGCCGGGGCCGAGGGGCGGCUGUGCGUGGCACGCAAUGUUAGCAGGCGGGCGGCAAGGCGAAGGACUCAAACGCCAGCUGUUCGUGCUCUGCAUGUGCAAAGCAUAACUCUGUAUGUGUUUGUACACUUGUCGGGAAGUUCGAGCACCCAAGGGCAAGAGGUGACCAGGGGGCUGUGGGGAGGGGCUGUGGAGGACUGGAGAUUACUAGAGGGG